AUUUUGUAUUAUCAUUCAUACAGGAAAGCAAAUGAAUUUAUAAAAAAUGAAAAUCUGUCCGUCGCACUGCAGUAGCGCACACUUUGUGUUUUUCCUUUUUUCACUUGUUUUAUAUUUAUCAUGUACCUCUGAUGCCACAAGAAAAUAUUUUCCAAAGCGACACCGCGUUUAUUUGAACGAGUUCGCGGUCGAAAUUCCACCAGACAGAGAUGCAAAUGAAGUUGCAAGAAAUCACGGAUUUAUGAACCUUGGACAAGUUGGCAACUUGGAAGGCUGGUACAUCUUCAAAGACCAUCGUAUACGGAAAAGAUCUUUGGAAACAGAACACCGCGACACACCUAAGCUAAAACGCCUUAAAAGAGAUGUAAUAAUGGUGGAGAGGCUUCGUGUUCUAAAACGGGUAAAACGUGACCCUGUCUCAAUCACUAACAACGAACCAUCUCCGAAUGAUCCAUCUUGGGAUGAAAUGUGGUAUAUGCACUGCGGGAACAAUAGAUCACAAAGUUGUCCAUCCAGUAUGAGGAUAGAAGAAGCUUGGAUCGCUGGUUUCCAUGGUGAAGGAGUUGUAGUCACUAUAUUAGAUGAUGGGUUAGAGACCACACAUCCUGAUCUUAUUAGAAAUUAUGAUAGAUUUGCUUCAAUUGAUAUUAACGACCGAGACACUGACCCAACACCCCGUUACGACCCAUCUAACGAGAAUAAACAUGGGACCAGAUGUGCUGGGGUUGUGGCAGCAGUGUUGGAUAACCACAUCUGUAUAGUGGGGGUGGCACAUGGGGCCAGUAUUGGGGGAGUUCGGAUGUUAGAUGGAGAAGUAACAGAUCGCGUCGAAGCUCAUUCUCUUAACUUUGCCCAGGAUCGCAUUGAUAUAUACAGCGCUUCAUGGGGUCCAGAUGACGAUGGGGAAACGGUAGAAGGUCCAGGUCCGUUAGCAAAAGCUGCAUUUAAAUCUGGAGCAAAAUAUGGCCGAGGUGGAAAUGGCUCUAUAUUUGUAUGGGCUUCUGGGAAUGGGGGACACAAUAAAGACAGUUGUUCGUGUGACGGUUAUAUUAACAGCAUAUACACCAUUGGGAUUAGCAGUGUAUCUGAACGGGGAAACCGGCCAUGGUAUUUGGAGGGUUGUGCUUCUACAUUAGCUACUACAUAUAGCAGUGGAGAAAUAAAUGAGGGAAAAGUUAUCACAACAGACUUACAUAGAAGGUGCACCCAUGAGCACACAGGCACUUCAGCAUCAGCACCAAUGGCAGCUGGCAUCAUAGCCCUUAUGCUACAAGCCAACAUGGCCCUCACUUGGCGUGACGUACAACACGUUAUCGUCCGCACAACAAAAUCCCAAGGCUUGCACGGGCAUGACUGGGUUGUCAACGGCGCGGGGUUCAACGUGUCCCAUGUCUUCGGCUUCGGCCUGCUAGAUGCCGCGGCACUGACACACGUCGCAGGUCGUUGGAAGCGUGUCCCUGAACAGCACGAAUGUAUAACGAUCCCCCAGAGACUGGCACUAGAAAUAGUUCCACGAGAAGUGACAGAAGUAACGAUGGACACUCGUGCUUGCCAUCGUAAAACAAGCGAGGUGUUAUACCUCGAGCACGUCGUACUACGGAUCACGCUCUCACAUCCAAGGAGAGGAUCUCUCAAGAUCUUCCUUGUUUCUCCAUCUGGAACAGUGUCCAACAUCCUGCAGAGAAGAGAUUACGACCGCUCAUCUGGUGGUUUUAAUGACUGGGAAUUCAUGACAACCCAUCAUUGGGGUGAAAACCCUAUGGGUGUUUGGCUACUCAGGAUAGAAGAUAUACCAUACAGGUUACGAUACAGAGAGCCACGUAGAGGAAUGCUGAGGAAAUGGCAACUUUUGUUUUACGGAACACAAACCCACCCCCAACCUAAUUUCCACUUUAACAACUGUGAUGCAUUUCCGCAAGACCAUUGCCACUCAGAAUGCAACGGUUGUUGUGGUUACGGACCUCAUGAGUGUCGAGCGUGUCGUCAUGUGUCUACACCACAGGGAAUGUGCAUUGCAUCUUGUGACAGAUCACAAUAUGUAGAACCCGGGUCCAAUAUAUGCAAGCCAUGUUGGAGAACCUGUCUAACUUGUAAUGCUGGUCGUUCUACAAACUGCACAUCAUGCAGACCUGGAUUCUCCAUUGUAAAUGGUGCUUGUGUUAUGACAUGUAGUCCGGGAUAUUUUCUGCAGAGAGACCCAAGGAAUGGCGUACAGAACUGCAGAAUAUGUGACCGUGUUUGUCUAACUUGUCACCACAGAAGCAGCCAUUGUACUUCAUGCAGAUCUUCAUUCAUUUUCCAUGAUGGCCAAUGCACCCCUUCAUGCGGUGUAGGGACGUACCUAGUUUCGACUUCAGUUGGUUGUCGUCCAUGCAAUGCAUCUUGUCGAGGGUGCAGUGUUUACCCAACGCGUUGUACAACAUGCGCAGAUGGCUAUGUUUUGCAUCACCAACGAUGUGUUCGAACAUGUCCGCGGCAACACUUCCCAGACUAUAGGCGUCAGACCUGCAGGCGGUGUCACUCAAGCUGCAAAGCAUGCAUAGGCCCUCGUAAUGACCAAUGUACUCGAUGCCCUCAGAAGAGAAGGCUCGAAAAUGGGCAAUGUAACCUUAUAUGCCAGGACGGUUAUGCUAAUUUUCGGGUGAAUCCUUGUCUCUUAGUGCUAAGUGGCCACUGGUGCAACAUACCGUAUUUCACUGAAACCUGCUGUUGGACAUGCUCUCAAUCUAAUUUGCUUCUAAACGAAAGUGCAGUAGAUUCAUUUUACGACGACGACUACUACUCCGCUAACACUACUACCCUAUCCCCUUAAAAACACCUUUGUAACUUAUUUUUAUUGCCUUUUUUGUAUGCUAAUUGUAUCUAUCAUGCUUAAUUUCAUUCUGUAUCUUUUUCUCUUUCAUUCUUACACUGGUUUCUUCUGCAUGGAUAUUUGUGAAGAUUCUUUCCCCCCGUUUAAUUUUGUUGUUUUUUUCCUUCGGAUUUCAGCAGUCAGUUACGGCGGAUUUUUUCGUAGCAAAUGCUUACUGGUGAAGCGUCAAGGACUUUGUAGACACAGCAGUUGGGCUUGGCAAUGCUGCGGAACUUGUUCAGCAAGGAUCUCCUGAAAAAUACGAAAAAAAUGACUCUAAUAGAGUUUAUAUUGUAUCAUUAUUUAUAUAGGCGUUUAACUGUCUAUUGCUUCACCGUUGAGUCUAACACAUUUUGAUUGAGUCGCUGUUUUUAAUCUUUAUAUAUUUCGCCUUUUGCAUUCCUGGUCUGUUAGAUAAAGCAUGCGGCCUUUCAGUAACCACUGUAUAUUCAAACCAGUGCCAAACCUAAGGCGAGUCCAAUGUGCAUUUGUAAGUAAUAAAACAUUUGAAUAGUU